AAAAUACUGGUAUCUAUGUAAAAGCGGGUUCUUCAUAACGUCUGUAUAUAUUCGUACGAAACCCUGCUUUGUAAUCUCAAAAUCCAAGCACCCUUCUGCUGCUCAGCAUACAUUUCUUUAUUAGGCGAUUUACCGGUCUGCAAAUGCGUCCUAUUCGUCUCGUCUUUCAUGGAAUACAUGCAAUCGGUGUCCAACAGCCAGGACGUACUUGCAGAAGAAGAGCCCUUCCUAAAGUACCAACGACUUGGUAAUUCAGUGUCGGAAAUCCUUGUCAAGAAACCUGUUAGUUAUCUGGCCGUACACGAAAAAUUCAUUGCUCUAGGAACCCAGUGGGGCAGCAUUCACGUCUUGGACUACGACGGCACGGAAAUCAAGCAGUUCAGCUCACAUGUGGCAUCUAUCAAUGAUAUUUCAAUAGACAUCGAAGGAGAACACAUUGCUUCAUGCUCCCAAGAUGGGAGUAUAGCCAUUUAUGGGUUAUAUACUGACAAUGUGGCGCGCACUGAUUACAGACAUCCGCUGCUCUCCGUCUCAAUUGAACCUCACUACACAAAGUCUAGUCGCCGGGGAUUUGUAGUCGGGGGAAAAAGUGGAAAGCUCAUUCUCAAAGCGAGCAGUUGGAUCAGCAAAUAUGACUCACUGCUUCAUGAAGGAGAAGGCGUCAUCUAUUGCGUGCGAUGGCAAGAUUCCUUGAUUGCAUGGAUCAAUGAGGCGGGUGCCAGAAUUUACGAUUUGACAUCAAAGCAAAUAAUUGCCUAUGUUGAAAGUCCAAAAGACUUCCCCUCGGAUGCUUAUCCUUCGGUUGUCUGGAGGAGCGCGAAUGAGUUAAUCAUUGGCUGGGCGAGCACCGUUCAAGUUGUACAGAUCAAGACAGUCUCGACCCAGAUUUCCUCUUUAUCAUCUUCAAAAAUAAUCGAGAUCGUGGCUAUUUUCGAAACCAGUGGUUAUUUCGUCUGUGGGGUCGCCCCCUACAACCAGCACUUUGUGGUGCUAGUCUGUGGAAAGGCUGACGAAACUGGAAAAGAAACAGACGAUUUUUCUUUUCCAGAGGUGCAUGUUGUAACUGAGGACGGUAUGAUUAUCUGCUCAGACCUCCUUCCUAUGCACGAUUCUUCGCUGUACCGAGCAGCCGAUUAUCGGCUGUCUUAUUCGGCUCCUGUCUCCGGUGACGACGAGAGUCAAUUCUUUUGGAUCAUUUCUCCUAGAGACAUUAUUUUGGCGAGGCCCCUCAAUUUCAACGAUCAUUUGAAUUGGCUCAUAGAGCGUAAGGACUAUGAGAAGGCCUUACAGCUCGUUCAAUCCGCAUCUUCCGCAGGCGAAAUCGACUAUCAAGAUUUUAGCCUAGCUGAAAUUGGGCAGAGAUACCUCGAACAUUUACUCUCAUCUGGACGAGCUCAAAAGGCGGCCGAAAUAUGCCCACUGGUUUUGGGAAAGGAUUGCGAUUUGUGGAGCUAUUGGAUUAUGCGGUUCGAGCAGCGAGGCCAGCUCAGCCUACUCGUCUCCUAUAUACCAACUCAGGGUCCUGUUCUGAACUCUAUGCUUUACGAGUUGAUUUUGAAUGACCUUUUGAAGACCAAUUUGGCCGCAUUUCAUCGCACCGUGGCUGAAUGGCCGAAGGAGCUCUAUCGAGUCGAGAACAUCAUUACAAUAGCCAGGGACCGUAUUUCCAAAAUUGUCUGCAAGCUCAACGUGUCCGAUAACCUCACUGUCUUGAGCAGCGAUAAAGCAAAUCAAGGCUUGACUCUUGCACAAGCUGAUGAGCUGAAUCAAGACCGAAAGCAUUUGUGUGAAGCGCUCACGCAUCUGUACAUAUUUCAAGAGCAAUACGACUCAGCCCUCGAUUUACGUAUUCAGUUGAACGAGAGCACAUUUGAUCUGGUCUCCAAGUACGGAUUUGACAAAUUUACAUAUCUAAAUCAGAAGAUUCUUUCAAUGGUUCAGGGUAAUGCUGAUAAAGCGAUUGAGCUGCUCGUCGCGAACACAAACAAAAUUCCCGUGGAACAAGUGGUACAACAAUUGCAGUCAGAAAGGCGUCUCCUUCUUCAGUACUUGCACAGGUUAUUUGAGAACGGCUCAGAGGAGAGCCGACCUUAUCACGAUUUGCAAAUUGAGUUAUACACCGAAUACGACCUACCAAAGCUACAACGUUUCUUGACUGAAUCGCAAACAUACGAUUUUAACUUGGCACUCCGUGUGUGCUCCGAAAAGAAGUUGUACCGCGACAUGGUUUUUAUCUACGACCGAAUCGGGAGUUCACAAGAGGCGUUAACCGUCUUGAUUGACAAAAUUGGUGAUGCAGACGCAACGAUUGAUUAUAUGAAAAAGAAAAACGAGAAGGAGCUUUGGGAUGAAGGAAUCGAGCGUUGUAUUGAUAAGCCCAAAUUUUUGUCUGCCUUGCUCGAAAAGGCAGUUGGUACUCACAUCAGCGCGUUGAAGUUGAUAGAAAGGAUUCCACCGGGCAUGGAAUUAUCUAAUUUGUGUGGUCACUUGGUGAAAAUACUCAACGAUCAAAAAAUGCAAAAGUCGUUACAUGAAGCCUGUAGAGCAGUCGUGAAUGCGGAUUGCGCUGCGUUACUGGCUCAGCUGGUGAACUGCCGAAAGAAGGGUAGGAAUAUCAUAUUGAAACACGAGGAUGCGGUUUGAUUCGCAGUAAUCUCUAGAACGGGUCUGAAUUCGAGAUGCAAAAUGUGGUUGUCUAGAGUUGUGUUUAUAUUUUACUCACAGAUCGAUCGAAAAGGAUAAAAACGAAAUUUGAGAGAGAAAUGCCUUUGUUUGAGGCAUCAAAACGAUAAAAAAAUGAAGAUCGCUUAAAGUACGCCCCAGCCACCAGUUUGUGAUAAGAUGCUGAAAUGAUAUAUUCUCACUUACGCCCAUAAAUUCCAGUGACAGAGAGAGCAAUACAGGAAAAUGGAGUACAUCCAUCGACCGAUAGAUAGAAAUAAAAAGCCCUGUAUUUUCGGGUGUCUGUCAUUGCGAUCUCAGCUCGAUAGAAAACAUCGUGAGUAGCAUGUCCAAGCUUUACUCGGACGUCAUUUUUCAGAUGAUGAUUAAAGUACAGACGAAUGCAAUUCAUUAGCAAAAAGAAGUAAACAUUUUUCUGUGAGGACAAGGACAACGAUUCAAAAUAUCUAGGUCCAAGAAAGGGUUCAUGUAGGCUGUUUUUAUUAAAAAAAAAAAAGAUAUUUGACACACAGGUACUUUUACAAUAACAACAACCUGACAUUCAGCCCUGGAGCGCAC